GUUGCUUUUCGAGGUUAUAAUUCUUUUUCAUAACUGAUCCAAUAAGUAAAAUUACCCCUGAAUGUCUACAUAGUCAGUUUAAUAGUCUUUUCUUAUUUAAUCAAAAAAAGAUUUUUAUUAAAUGAAUUCUUCUUUUACAAAUAAAAAAUCAACAGAAAGUCGCGUGUAGUAUUUAUCAGAAUGGCCGAUAUACACGAAUGUUCCAAGUUAAAAGUGAACUUUCCAAGAAAGAGAAAUAAUCCUACAGUGAAACGUAAAAAAUUAUUAUCUUCUGAUUAUAUUAUUAAGAAGAGACAACCUUUUGAUACAAAGAAGAAACGGAGGAAUAACGAUAUAUAUAUUACUAAUAGCACAAACUUUAAGGCUCAAUUAAAAAGAUGCGAAAAACACUUAAAUAAUAGUACCUCCGAAGUGAUUAUUCAUGGUCUUGGUGCUGCUGUACAAAGAGCAUGUAGCUUGGCUCUACAAUUAAAGAAGAAUCAUUAUGAUAGCAUAGAAUUAGAAGUCAAGACUUCUACGAUAUCUAUUAUUGAUGAUUUUGAACCUGUUAAUGAUAACGCAGGUUAUGAAAUAAUUAAUCGAAAAAACUCAGCAGUACAUAUUCGAGUGUUUCGAAAAUUUUCACUACGUACCCUUAAAUAUCAAGAAUAAAAUAUAACUUUCUAAAAAAUACUCAAGAUUCUUUAGUAAAAACAAUUUACAAUAAGUAACAAAAGACAACUGAUAAUAUAAUAAAUGAAAACAUAAAAUCAAA